CUCAGUGUGUCACCCAGAACAGGAGGCCAGAGCGUGUCCAAAAUGGCUGCCCAGAAACAACCCCUCGUUUGUGUUAGAAGAUGAUGCCAUUUGGAGGGCCAGUUUUCUGUACUGUCUCACGUCUUGCUUGCUCUCUUAUCUGCCUGAGUCCCUGAUCAUGCCUUCCUUUUUAACGAUUUAUCCUCAAGACUGUUGAAGUUUUAACUGUCCAAGAUGCCUGUCCCUCCCCCACCGGCACCACCACCACCACCAACAUUUGCUCUGGCCAAUACCGAGAAACCCACCUUGAAUAAGACACAGCAGGCUGGGAGGAAUGCCCUUCUCUCUGACAUCAGCAAAGGGAAGAAACUCAAGAAGACAACCACCAACGACAGAAGUGCACCAAUAUUGGACAAACCGAAAGGAGCCGGUGCCAGUGGCGGUGGUGGUUAUGGAGGAGGCGGCGGCAGCGGCAGUGGCGGUGGAGGAGGCGGCGGUGGUGGUAGCGGUGGAAAUUUUGGAGGGGGUGGACCCCCGGGAUUGGGAGGACUAUUCCAGGCUGGAAUGCCGAAGCUGAGGUCCACUGCCAACAGGGAUAAUGAUUCUGGGGGAAGCCGACCACCAAUUUUGCCACCAGGAGGAAGAGCAACAUCUGCCAAGCCCUUUUCGCCCCCAAGUGGGCCCCCAGCACGGUUCCCUGCACCCUCACCAGGCCACAGGAGUGGUCCCCCAGAGCUGCCCAGGAACCGAAUGCCUCCCGCGAGGCCUGAUGUGGGCUCAAAACCCGAUAGCCUUCCCCCUCCGGUACCAAAUACGCCAAGACCCAUUCAGUCGAAUCUGCACAACCGGGGAUCCCCAACAGGGCCGGGAGCCCCCAGGCCCCCCUUUCCUGGAAACCGAGGUGCUGCUUUUGGAGCCAGCUCUGUGCGCCAGAACCCCUCGAGCUCCUCCUCUCCGUUCUCCAGGCCCCCUUUGCCCCCCACCCCAAGCCGAGCCUUGGAUGACAAGCCCCCUCCACCACCUCCUCCUGUGGGCAACAGGCCCCCCAUCCACAGAGAAGCCGUUCCACCUCCCCCCUCACAGAACAACAAACCUCCAGUGCCUUCCACCCCACGGCCUGGGGCCGGGUCACAGGCACCACCUCCUCCGCCACCACCCAGCCGGCCCGGCCCUCCUCCCCUGCCUCCUGCUUCCAACGAUGAGAUCCCGAGGCUGCCACAGCGGAACCUGUCCCUCACAUCCUCUGCACCUCCCUUGCCUUCACCUGGACGCUCCGGGCCUCUCCCUCCCCCACCCAACGAGAGGCCCCCUCCUCCAGUGAGGGAUCCACCAGGCAGAUCAGGCCCCCUCCCACCACCACCUCCAAUAAGCAGAAACGGAAGCACUGCUCGGGCCCUGCCUGCCACCCCUCAGUUGCCAUCCAGGAGUGGAGUGGACAGUCCCAGAAGCGGGCCUAGACCUCCUCUUCCUCCUGAUAGGCCUGGUGCUGGGCCACCGCCCCCACCCCCACCAUCAACAUCAGUUCGAAAUGGCUUCCAAGACUCGUCUUGUGAAGAUGAGUGGGAAAGCAGAUUCUACUUCCAUCCGAUUUCUGAUUUGCCACCUCCAGAGCCAUAUGUACCAACAACGAAGACGUAUCCCAGUAAAUUGGCCAGAAAUGAAAGCCGGAGUGGAUCCAACCGAAGAGAAAGGGGUGCCCCACCCCUCCCCCCCAUCCCGAGGUGAUCUCUGCCUGCUCGUCUCUACCCAAGCUCCAAAGCUGCUUGUGUUGUUGCUGUUUGAAAACUGCACACCCUCUCCCUUCCUUUGUCCCUCUCAGAGAUAGUAGGAGGGAAGGACGGAAGCUGGGGUGGGGAUUCGUGCAUUUGGUGGGGG